AUGUCGCUCAAGCUGACGCUGCUCUCGCUUCGCGAGGACUGCAGCAACUUUGACGAGGUCGUCGAGAAGACCUUGGCCAGCACUCUCAUUCAGGCCAACAUCGACAAGCACAAUCUGGCCACGGGCCUUAUUGACCUGUGCGGCGCGGUUGCACGUAAGAAAGGCUGGCAGGAAGCCAUCGUGGAGCCCCUGCUGCGCAAUUUGCAAUCGGCUGUCCGUCACUUCCAAGGCCAGCGCCAAAAAAAGCCCACCGAUUACUUUGCCGUCGUCAACCUCUACAGUGUGUUUUAUACGACGGUGCAAAAGGGCGAUGAGUUUAUGCAUACGCUCCUUGAGAGUCUACUCAAGGACAAGGACAAUGAGCAUCUGCUGUCAACAACUGUCAACCUGGUCAAGCCCAUCAUUCAAUGGAAACCUGCUUUUAAUGACAUCGUCGAGCGCAUCGAGGCAGAUGCAGCCAUGCGCGAAUACGACACGGCAGAUGAUGCGGCUACACAGAGCAAGUUUCUUGACCAACUAUUGCAAGAGACAGCGGGGAUGAAUGAUGCCGAGGCCAACGACUACAUGGAGGCCAAAAUGGCUCAAUUGGGCUUGACUGACGAUCUUCCCUAG